AUGCGCCAUACUUUUCUCCCCCUCGCUGCGCUAUUUACGGCUUCUGCGCUGUCGUCUCCUCUGUCAUUAGCAGCUCGAACACCAGAGGCAGCCGCCGAGCAAUGUCACGGCAUAUCCGGGCCAUUUCUGGGUCCUUCCUUUCCUGACCCAUCGAUCUAUUAUAUAGAUGGCACGUGGUACUCCUUCGGUACUUCCAAUGGAAAAGAUUUCCAAGGGGCAAAAUCCGCGAAGUUCGACAGUGGAUGGAGCAAACUCGAAGGCCCAACCCUGGCCAUCAAGGAGGCGACGUGGGCAGGCCAGCAGGAGAACGGAGUCUACGGCUUAUGGGCACCCGAUGUCUUUCGGAGGAGUUCUGACAACAAAUUCGUCAUGUACUUCGCAGCGCUCGACAAGGAGACUAUCGGCCCUAAAAAGGUCCAACAUUGUAUCGGAGCUGCCGUGAGCGAUGAUAUCGCGGGCGUGUACCACCCUGAGAACGACUUCGUACAGUGCAACCGAACCUCAUCAGGUGUCAUUGACCCCGCGUGGUUCAAAGACACGGACGGCAAGCAAUAUGUCGUCUACAAGACAGAAAUCCCGGAAAACUGGCUGGAGAUUCGGGAGGUGCGCAGCUCCGGGCCCAAGGAAGGCGUCGAAUGGGUCGGGAAUGCACAAAAGCUUCUCCGCGUGAAUGGCCAAGGCUUUUCUGAUGGAAACAAUAUGGAGGCUCCGUACAUCUUCAAGCGCGGUGAUACAUACUUCUUGACGUACAGCACCCACUCCACCGCCGACGCCACGUACGAUGUGCAAUAUGCGACGGCGAAGAAGGUGAACGGGCCCUAUACUAGGGUCAAAGAGCCGCUUCUUAAGACUACAAAUGCCUUUGGAUGCAAGCUCAUUGGCCCUGGCGGUGCAAGCUUCCAGCGAGGAUCUAAUGGUAAUCAGGAGGUUACAAAGAUAAUCUUUCAUGGUCUUACGGAUGCAAUGGAUAUCAACAAGCGUGUGGUGUACACGGCGACUGUGCAGGUCAAUGGUGACAGACUCUCUAUUGGUUCAGCAUAG